UUAUUAUACACAACACCAUUUUCAAAAUCCUCCAAAGACUCGUCGUUUCAUCUUCUUCAAUAAUAAAUAACUAGCUCACUUCAAUUCUAGGAACUCGCCAAGAACUGGAUACUCUGGCGGAAUCAGAGAUCAAGAACCGAGACGUGGUUCUGAAGCUGUAUGAAGCCCUGAGAUCUCGCGACGUCGACUCCGUUCACCAGAUCCUAACCCCAGAUCUGGAGUAUUGGUUCCACGGCCCUCCGCCGCACCAGUUUUUGAUGCGCAUGCUCACCGGAGGUGUCUCUCCAUCUUUCGAGUUCGUUCCUCUCUCCGUCGUCUCCUUCGGGUCCACCGUCAUCGCUGAAGGCUGCGACGCCGCCACCUCUGUUUCUUGGAUCCACGCUUGGACCGUAGCGAAUGGGAUAAUCACUCAGGUGAGGGAGUACUCUAACACUUCUCUCACCGUCACGCGGAUCGGUAACGUUGUUGCUGGACGACGCUCCCCUGAGAUUGCUCCCUCGCAUUGCCCCUCCGUCUGGGAAAGCCAAUUCUCGGGUCGGGCUGGUAAAUCCGUACCCGGUUUGGUUCUCGCGAUUUGAAUAGGAUUUGGUUAACAGCCACUUCAGGUGAAGGAAUAUUAAUAAAACUAAAAUAAAGGCUGCUUACGUGUCGGUGUGUGUUUGGUUUCUUUUGUUUUAUGGGUUGAAAAAAAAAGGAUUUGGUUGCUGUUUUAAACGCGGUGUUUGCGUUUGAAAAGCUUACGCUGCGUUUGGCUGUAGCUAGUUCUUUUCUUUUUCCUAAUUGCUUUAAAAUUCGUGUGUGUGUGUGUGUGUUUUUAGUGGGAACAAGAAUGGGGAAACCCAAAUGGACUUGUUGUCCCGUUGCGUCUGAUGUAACGUUUGGUUAUGUUAUAAUUGAAAUAAAAAUGUGCUUUUGGGAUCU